CGAUAAGUAGGUUUGUAUGCUGGACAUAAACUGUCGCUAACCUAGUUUUGUAACGUUUGCUGUGCCCGGCGGUAAGAAGCCACUGCCCGCGAACCCCAGGUCAUGUUUGUAAAUGAGAACUGGUUCUCAAACGUUUUACCUGAGUUACAGGCUAUGAGUGUGGGUGAUGGAGGACGGCCAGCAUGGGGACUUGGAUUACUUGAUCCAAGAUGAGGACACUCUCAUUGAAGGCGUCAGCAACCAGGUCUUAUUUGUGGUGGCACUGAGUGUCGCCUUCCUUGCAGGCCUCCUCACUCUCCUGUGCAGGCAAGAGCAGCAAAAUAUUCAUCCCGAGAAUCAGGAGCACGUUCGAGCCGUCCGACAACAGCUCCAGACGGAGCAGGAUGAAAAUCCUCAGGCCGAAGCGAGGCAGCAGUAUUACACCGACAUGUCGUGCCCUGUAUGUUUGCAGCAGGCUGUUCUGCCUGUGGAAACCAAUUGUGGACACCUUUUCUGUGGCUCCUGCAUCAUAGCCUAUUGGAGGUAUGGCACCUGGCUGGGAGCUAUUAACUGCCCCAUCUGCAGACAAAUGGUAACGUUGCUUUUUCCACUAUUCCAUGAGCACGCUGGUCCUCAGAGGGUGCAGGAUGGGGAGGCUGAACCUCAGCUUAUAUUAAGAGACAUCAACGAUUACAACCGUAGGUUCUCUGGCCAGCCAAGAUCUUUUAUGGACAGGUUGCGGGAUGUGCCCACCCUGCUUCGUCACGCCUUUAGAGAGAUGUUUACUGUAGGUGGCCUCUUUUGGAUGUUCAGGAUUCGAAUUCUUCUCUGCCUGAUUGGGGCAAUCACUUACCUGGCCUCUCCGCUCGACAUUCUCCCUGAAGCGCUCUUUGGUCUUCUGGGAUUCAUGGACGAUUUCUUUGUAAUCCUACUUCUCUUUGUGUAUAUCUCUAUCAUGUACAGGGAGGUGGUUACUCAGAGACUGAACGGCUAGAUGAAUGCUCAUGAAAGAGGCCUCGGCCUGCUCAUAUGAGUCUCAUGAAGAGUAAAGUCAGCAUCUGAGGAUGUACAAAAACUGAAUAAAUGUUUGGAGAACAGUUAAUCGAUAAUACAGAUCUAUUGCCCCCACCCACAAAAUCCCCCAAAGGACUUGCUCCGAAGCCUUGGAUGUUAUUUUAUCACUGGAGAUGGGUUAGCAAAAAAAAUACUCUCAGUAUUGACUCUGUAUAUAGAAUUUACCAUUCAGGGUUCUAAGGUUGAAUGAGUCAAUACCAACAACAGCACAACAUAAGGAGGCUAGUGUAAGGGUGGAAUGUAAAACUCUGCUUUGAGUCAGAUACUGAAGUCAACCAGAAAAUCUUUUUCACCCACCUGUGUGUACACCCCUGACUAAAUGGAGAGCUGUGUCGUGAGCAGGCAUUUGGUUAAUGUGCAUGUCAUCAUUACUGAGGCAACUGUGUAACAUUAAAGUGUCUUGAUUAAAUGCAUUUAAAGUUAGCUGUCUGCAUUUGGGUUGUCAACUGCCAAGCAAAGGUGUGUUACAUGAACCUUCUUCCUGUGGUUCUUACGGCCUGGUUUGGUCACUUACGCACUUAUUUAAUUGAUCUGUAACUAUGCAUAAUCAUAACUUGAAAACAGUGUUUGUCAAAAAUCUGAACUGUUUUAUCUGCAAAAGUCUUAAUGUAUUCAUCAAAUCUGACAUACUUUGAACCUUUCUGGGCUCAUCUAUGUGAAAAUAUAGUGACUAAAAUAAAAUCUGACUUCUCAAUUGGAAGAUGACUUUUCAAGAAAGGAAAGAAAAUGAUUAAAUGAGUGAUUAUAGAUCAUUUUGAAUGUCAGCUCACUCAGGAAUGUCGAUCACAUUUCAGCGCUUAUUCUAGAUCUUUUUUUUUAACCUCAUUUACAUAUUUCUCAAUCUUAGCUUUAAUUAGUGUCAGUUCAACUCCAUGCACUUUCACAUUGAAGU